UUUUUGUACGUCUGUCUGUCUGCCCAUCUGCCGCCUCUUUGCCCUGUUUGCUCCGUUAUUCCCAUGCCCUGGUGCGCAGUGUCUGGUGCUGGUACGUUACCCUUUGAUUAUGGAUUUUUUCUUUCGGCGGGUGUGGGAAGCGUCCUCCUUUAUCUUUCUGUUAUUUUUGUUUUGUUUUAUUUUGAUCGGUGUCCGAGGGCUCUUUUCUCGACCGGUCGGUGCGAUACCUGUUCUUUUCUUUCUAUCAUUUUGUUUUCUUUUUCCGAGUGGUUUGUACCCUGUUUUUGUUUCUUUUGNGAGGAGGUGAUUCGGUACCUCCUCGCUGGCAGCAAGAACAGGGUUUUGAGGUAUGGUGCGUUCAAGGAAGCCGGCGAGACGUUCGGCUGCCACUGGGAGACGAUCAAGAGGCUGUGAAUGAGCCCUGACACCAACAUCCUGGACCUGGGCUUCUUCGCGUCAAUCCAGUCCCUGCAGGACCGCUACAAGCCCAGGACUAUCGACGACCUCGUCGGCGAGGUCGAGACCGCGUGGGAGAAGGCGUCGCCGGACAAGCUGGGCAAGGUGUGGACUUCGCUCCAGGCUUGCUUGGAGCAAACCUUGCUCUGCGGCGGGGACAACACCUACAAGGUCUCUCACUUGAGCAAGGACAAGGCUGCACGGGCGGGGACGCCCAUCCCACUGCGGUACCAGAUCUCCGAGGAGGCGUGGAUCAAGGACACAUCGUCGCUCGCGGCGGGAGAGGGACAAGGAGGAGCCGGGUAGAAGGG